AUGACCAUUAUUGAUGUCAACAAGGAUCUCGCUGCUCUCUUUGAGCAGCAGGCCUCAGCCACUCCCGAUGCUGUGGCGCUCGAAGAUGAGAAGAGAUCCCUCACAUAUGCAGAGCUCGACAGAGAAACUUGGGCUCUAGCCGAGCGAUUGCGUGACUACGGAGUUGGUCGCGAUGAUCUCGUCGGUGUUCUCAUGGGCAGAAGUGCUGAUUACGUUAUUGCCGCUCUCGCUGCCCUUCGAGCUGGUGGUGCCUUUCUCGUCCUCGAGGUCGCCUACCCUCCAGGUCUUCUACGAGAUGUUAUUGAAGAUGCGAAGCCAACUGUUAUUCUCACCCAAGUUGAGCACUCCACCAAUCUCACAUCUGAAACUCCUGUUAUUGUCGUCGACAGCCCCGACAAAUUGGCCAGGGGAGAAACCUCACCUCAUUUGGCCGACAGGCGGUCAUUGCCAGAGGAUGACGAUGUUGAGCGAUUACUCUUCGUCUCGUACUCCUCCGGUACUACUGGAAAGCCCAAGGGUAUCAUGAACCCACACAGAGCCGCAAUCCGCUCCUACGACUUGCGCUUUGAAGUCAGCGACCUUAAGCCUGGUGACAGGGUAGCUUGCAACGUCUUCUUCAUCUGGGAGAUGCUCCGACCUCUAAUUCGAGGUGCCACAACUGUCGCUAUUCCCGACCACGCCAGUUACGACCCCACUGCUCUUGUUGAGCUCCUUUCUUCAUGGCGCAUCACUGAUACCCUCAUGACUCCUACCCUUUUGGCCACAGUUCUUUCUCGACAUCCUAAGCUUGGCGAGAAACUACCCCACCUCCGCUCGCUUUGGCUGAAUGGCGAGGUCGUCACCACAGAUCUCGUCCACCGCGCGAUGGAUGCUCUCCCUGAAACGCGCCUUCUCAACGUCUACAGUGCUUGUGAGACUCACGAGGUUGCUGUGGGUGAUAUCAAGACAUUCGUUGAUUUCGACACGCAAGUGUGCCCUGUUGGCCUUCCCACAGAUCCUGAGCAUACCUAUGUUCUCGAUGAAGCUGGUAACAGAGUCAACCCCGGCGUGAGCGGCGAGCUUUACGUUGGUGGCAACCUUCUAGCACGAGGAUACCUCAACUUGCCCGAAACAACAGCCAAGGCGUUCCAGCUAGAUCCUUUCGCCGGAGACAAGGAGGCGCGCAUGUACCGAACUGGUGAUUUGGCGCGGAUACUUCCUAGCGGACUCCUGGAGAUUACUGGCCGAGUGGGUGGAAUGAUCAAGACCCGCGGGUACACUGUCCAGCCUGGUGCUGUCGAGAGUGCUAUCCGAAAGCACCUUGCUGUCCGAGAUUGUGCAGUCGUGGCUCAUGGUGAAGGUCUGGAGAGACAGAUUGUUGCUUACAUCGUCCGAGAGGAGGGCGAGUCCAGAGACCGAACCAUUCCCCUCGUUGACGAGUAUGGAUACAGUCCCGUUGCUCGCCGUGCCCUGACCGAUCUUCUUGCUCACUACAUGAUUCCCUCAGUCUGGGUUGAACUGGACGAGCUACCCACGCAUGGUGUUUCUGGAAAGACAGAUCUCAAGGCUCUGCCUGCGCCUCCAUCUCCAAGAUCUCCCAGACCUACCCCCAAGAAGAAGGAGCAGAACAUCAAGGUCAAGACUGAGACUGUCAUCCAGUUGUGGGCUGCAGCUCUCAACAUGCCUGCCAAUGUUAUCACACCAAAGCAUGACUUUUUCGACCUGGGCGGUCACUCUCUGGCACUCGCUGAUCUCGCUGGUCGCCUCACAAAGACCUUCGGAUUCCCCGUUCCCCUGGCUCCUCUGGCCGGAAACCCUACUCUAGAAGGUCAUGUCUCAGCCAUCAAGGCUGCCCGCGACGGUCACACCGCUGCUGUGCAGGCUGAUCUACCAGCUGUUCUUCGCGCAGACUCUGUACUCCCUGAGGACAUCCAGAGCAACGGUACUCCCAUGCGUGCUCUGAGAGACGCUGAGACGAUCCUUCUUACCGGCGUUACUGGUUAUCUGGGCGCUUUCCUUCUCAAGAACCUGGUCGAUUCUACUGACGCUCAGAUUAUCUGCCUCGUGCGAUUCCCUGAGCCUGUGGAGGACUGUGCCCCUGCUGGUAUGGCUCGAAUUCGAAAGAAUUUGAUCGAUCUUGGACUUUGGGAGGAUUACCUGCUUGAGCGUAUUGAGAUCCUGCCUGGCACUCUUACAAGGAAACGCCUUGGUCUUGCCCCUGAAGUCUUCGACGAGCUCGCGACCCGUGUGCAGGUUAUCGUGCACGCCGCCGCCACUGUCAACUUGGUCUACCCCUAUGCUGCCCUACGAAACGCCAACGUUAUGGGAACCAGGGAGGUUCUUCGACUUGCUGGCCGCAGCGGUGCCACUGUCCACCAUGUCUCUACCAACGGUGUGCUUCCACCUUCGCACACAGGCUGGUGUGAGAACACUGUCAUCGAUGUUGACGAUGUUCCUACCAAGCUGUUGGAUGGCUAUGGUCAGACUAAGUGGGUUGCCGAGAAGCUUGUCGAUGAGGCGAGCCGUCGAGGCAUUCCCGUGCGGGUUUACCGUCCUGGAACUAUCACCGGCCACAGUGUCUCAGGUUCGACCAAUGCUUGGGAUUUGAUCAAUGCUAUUCUUGUAGAGUCUCUUCAGCUUGGUCGCGCUCCUGAUGUCGAGGGCUGGUACUUGGAGAUGACUCCUGUUGACUUUGUCAGCGACGCUAUUGUUACCCUCGCCAACCAUACCGACGACACUGAGCAGACUCUGUACCACCUAGGUGAUCCUUCUCCCGUUGCUUCCAAGGACCUGUUUGCGUCUUUGGCCAAGCUUGGUUACCCCACUGAGCCUCUAUCGUGGGAUGAGUGGGUUGCUUUGUGGUGGGAGAAGCGCGGCAACAGAAGGACUGGAGAUGAUCCUUUCACAGUCGACAUUCUCCGUGGUGGAAUGCCCAGUGUCGAGGUCCUCAAGUCAGUCAUUGUGCUCAAGGAUGGCAAGACACAGCCUACACUUGACAAGUAUGAUGUCCCCCGUCCUAAGAUGAACGACGGACUUCUCGAGAUUUACAUGCGACACUUCUACGCCCGCGGUUGGCUAUCUCGCCCUCCUCGACGCGAGCAAACCAACGGCUGUGCCAAGAAGGUGCGCAAGGGUCGUCUGGUGGGCAAGGUUGCUGUCGUUACUGGUGCCUCUUCUGGAAUUGGCGCCGCUGUGGCAGCUGGUCUCGCCAAGGAGGGUGCCCAUGUGGCCCUGGCGGCUCGCCGGACCGAGGCUCUGGAAGGCGUCAAGAAGAAGAUUAGCGUUUACGGUGGUAAAGUGUUGAUCCACAAGACGGAUGUGACGAACAAGGCCCAGGUGGAGUCCCUGAUGAAGGAGGCCACUGAGCAGCUUGGCCCUGUCGAUAUCCUUGUCAGCUGCGCGGGUGUUAUGUACUUCACCAUGAUGGCCAACUGUCAGACUGACGAGUGGGAGCAAACUGUCGAUGUCAACUGCAAGGGUCUUUUGCACUGCCUGUCAUCAACGGUUCCUGGCAUGCUGUCUCGCGGAGCUGGACAUAUCGUCGCCAUCUCCUCUGACGCUGGGCGCAAGGUGUUCCCUGGCCUGGGUGUUUACUCUGCCAGUAAGUUCUUUGUCGAGGCGACGCUGCAGGCCCUGCGUGUCGAGACUGCGGGUUCUGGCCUUCGGGUCACCGCUGUCCAGCCAGGAAACGUUGCGACGGACCUUCUGGGCAUGUCCACGGAUCAAGAGGCUCUCAAGAAGUACGGCGAACCUACAGGUGCCGAGGUGCUGAAGCCCGAAGAGGUUGCCAACGCUAUUGUGUUUGCCGUGUGCCAACCCCCUCAUGUUGCUGUCAAUGAGGUUCUCAUUGAGCCUCGUGAUGAGCCCAUCUAA